AUACAUGAUUUAGCAAUUUUUAUGGGAUACACUUGCAACCGGAAUAGAAGUCGAUGAGAUAAGAGGAUUUGUUCUGGACAAAAAGAUGAAAAGCAGCGCUAAAGUGUUUACUUUUUCAGUAAUUUUAAUUUAAGCUAAAUGGAGCACUUCAAACACAAUCUCAUUCGGUACACCCGACAAGGUCCAAGAAUCAUUAAUCAAGCGAAUGAUAGCCAAAAGUUUGGGACCACAAAUUCCCAAUUAAAAUGCAAUGAGCGUACUUAGAAAUAUUCUCCAGACUCAGAAUGAAAUCACGUUCAAGGCCAGUCUAUAUCCAACCGAUUCCAUCAUCAAAGAUCGACGGAGAAUAAGAAGUCAUUAGAAUGCAAAGGAAAUUUUUGUCUUGGCUUGACAAAAACUAUCGCAGUAAAAAUAGAAAACGAAACUAAUGCCGAAAGAUAUGAGCAAAACAGAAAUGGCCAUAAAUCCGAUCAGAGCCCAGAAGUGCGACAUCAUAAAUAAGUCAUGAGUGCGAAUUUUGGCCGACUGGCGGAGGACUAUAUAAGACCGGCGACAGGUGGAGAACGGCAUCAAAUCACAAAUUGCAAUCGCUACAGAAGCAUCUCAAGUCCUUUAGGAAAAACCAAAACAAGCAAAAUGUUCAAGCUGCUGGUUGUCGUCUUCGCUGCUCUCUUCGCCGUCGCUCUGGCUGUUCCCGCUCCAGUCCCCCGUGCCAAUCCCGCUCCAAUUCCGAUUGCCAGCCCCGAGCCCGCCCCCCAGUUCUACUACGGAGCCAGCCCAUACGCCUACUCCGGCGGAUACUACGCUUCCCCAUACUCCUACUACGGCUAAGUGCUAAGGACAAGUAUAACCAACCAACGACUCGUGAUAAUGCAUUCGAAAACGGAUUACGGACUAUGCGCGUGCUGGCAAUUCAAAUUAGUCAUAAGUGCUUGAAAAAUCGCAAAAAAAAAAUUACAAAAGUUGAGCAAAUAAAAUAUUGAAAAGCAAA